AUGUCGCAAGCAAGACGUCAAAACUUCUCAAACCUCGAGGCCCUAGAUUCCGCAGCACGGAGUCAGCUAUUCGAUAUCAUUGACAGGUUCCGUGAGCUUAAUAUCAGUGAAGAUAUCUCUCUACCGCAGCUUGUCGUUGUUGGCGACCAAUCGUCGGGUAAAUCAUCUCUUCUCGAAGGUCUCACAGAGAUCAGUUUUCCAGUGGCUAGCGAUCUCUGUACGAGGUUUGCAACCCAAAUCGUCUUGCGUCGCGCGGAUGACGAUGAAGGACACGUUAGAGCCUCGAUUAUACCCGGAGCCGAUGCGAAUUUAGAUCUUGACCUUAGAGACAAAUUGUUGGAGUUUCAGGUUUCAUUGACGGAAGCUGAGUUUGGUCCGGAGAGCUUUGCCAAAAUUCUGGAUGAGGCAACCGUUUAUAUGGGGAUCCCUAAGCCCGGGGACAAGGUCGAAGAUACUCCAGACAAGAGAUUUUCGAAUGAUAUCUUGAAAAUCGAGCUCUCUGGCCCGCACCACCCACAUUUGACAAUUGUAGAUGUUCCUGGAUUAUUUCACAAUUCAACUAUCUACCAAACUGAGGAGGACAAGGAUCUCAUCCGCAAUUUGAUCCAAACUUAUAUCAAGGAUCCUCGCACCAUCAUCAUGGCAGUGAUGGACGGCAGAAACAAUCUCGCAAAUCAAGAGGUGUUUAGGAUGGCACGCGAAGUUGACCCUGAGGGCCGACGCACAGUCGGUAUCAUAACCAAGUGUGAUGCCGUACAACCUGGAGAUGAGAAUGGUGUCAUUCAAAUCGCCUCGAAUAAAGUGGAAAAGCUUCGCCACGGAUGGUUUGCUGUUCGCAAUCGCUCAACAAAGGAGAUUCAGGAUGGAGUUACCAUUCAGCAGCGUCAUAUAAAGGAAAAGGAGUUUUUCAGGAAGGCGCCGUGGAGUCGCCUCGGCCGGGACAAAACCGGCAUUGAGAAUUUAAAGCCCUUCCUUGGACAUCUUCUCUAUGAACACGUUCGCGAUGAGUUUCCAAAACUCGUCGACGAGAUAAAUAGGCUAGUCAUUGAAACGGAGGAUUCCCUGGCGCAGCUCGGGAUCGCAAGAACGACUCCUACCGAGCAAAGAAUCUACUUGACGAAGAUCGCCAACGAAUAUGAGAGAAGUGUAACGGACUGCUUGGAUGCCAAGUUUAGAGAGCAAAUUGACUCAAAGUCCGCACUCAAGAUACGAACUCGUAUCCAAAAUAUGAACAGCGAUUUUGCCAAACGGAUGCAAAUCGAAGGCCACACACGAGAGUUUAAGGAUGAAGACGAAGAACCACAAUCAGAAGAAGUCGACGAAAUUGCACCACUAGAAAUUCCAUUUACUAGCCAUGAGAGAGAAGAACAUCAAGUAUAUGGCUAUAAGAAUAAUGUCGAUGGCGAAAAUUCCUUUAAUAAACUAGAUCCCGAGGAUAUAUACGACUGGAUCAAGGUCACUUAUCGUGAUUCUCGCGGUCCAGAACUCCCGGGUCUCGUCAACUACAAUGUCGUCAUCCAAAUGUUCCGAGAACAGUCAACCAACUGGAAAACUGUAGCUGGAGAACACGUUCGCGGUGUAGUGGACAUAGUUGCGAAGUUCAACGCCGAAGUUUUUAACCGUGUAGUUUCCGAUGACACCGUUCGUAAAAAGCUACAGACCAGUUUAUCAAAAGCUACGGGUGCUGCUAUUACUCAGGCCUACCGAGAGCUUGACCAAUUGAUAGAAGAUGAGCGCAGUGGAAUUCUGCAAACAGUCAAUGUUUCAUUUGGACAAAAUCAAAAGGCAAUGAGACAGAAGAGAGCAUUAUACGAAUUGAAGAAACAAAAGGGCGCGAACGGUAUGGUAAAUCUGGACAUUGUUGCUCAGAUGUUCAACUUGUCCAACGAAGAUACUACCGUCCGCGAUGUCCAUGAUAUCCUCAAGUCGUACUACGACAUCAGUCUCAGGCGUUUCACCGAUAAUGUUGUCCUCCAGGUCGUUGAACGUCAUCUCUUGGGGAAAAAUGGACCUGUUCGCCUCUUGAAAUCUGAAUAUGUCUCAGGUUUGGAAGAUCUAGAGCUGCGUAAUAUUGCUUGUGAGGAUUAUCAGGCCGCGGCUAAGAGAAGGGAGUUGCAGGCUAGACUCGAGAGAGCUAAAAGCGCACAAGAAGCCGCUAGUAUCAUUCCUUUUUGA